CCGAUAAAAAAGUAAAUACAUAAUUGGCACAAUGGAUGUAAAUUAUUAUUGGAUGUUAAAUUUGCACUAGGCCCCAUGUUAUUUAGAUGCAUAAAAGAACAUUUACAAUCGUUACAUUUUUUUUUUUUUCAAUAACAACAAUAAAUUUAAAAAUGGGAUGAUCAAAGAAAAAGAUGCAAUAUGUAAUGCACCUACUGCUCUAAAGUUUUUUUUAUAUAUACUUUUACUUGUACUUGCUUUAUUAUUAUUAAUAUUUGCUUUUGAUUCGUGUGAAAGGAAUUUUUUCUUCUUAAGUUAUUUUUAUUUUAUUUAUUUAUUUAUUCUCAUUUUAUUUUACUUUUUUUAUUAUUUUAUUAAUUUUAUUUUAUUUUUAUUUUAUUUUUAUUUUUAUUUUAUUUUUUUUUUUUCGACCCGAGCAAAUCAAGGUAUUGCAGCUAUAACCCGUCCCCAAACAAUAUCCAUAUUCAGUUUUAUUAAUUUAAUUCCCUAUAAUUAUGCAAAAUAUGUGAAAUAAAGAACAAUCAUAAAAAAAAAAAAAUUCGGGUGUUACAUUAGUAAUAUCCGAAAUUUCCACCAACAAUUGGAAUUUCAACAAUAAAGCCGCAG